AUGAAAUUAUUUCUAACAAUAAUUUUUAUAAUUGCGUCAGUGAAUGCUGUAAAGGAGUACUUGUUCAAAUCAUGCAGCCAAUCGGGGUUUUGCAAUAGGAAUAGACACUAUGCUACAGAAGUUUCCAACUGUGAAAAUUUUCAAUCUCCUUAUUCUAUAGACUCGAUCAAAGUUGACAAUGAUACAAUUACUGGUGUUGUGUUUAAACAUUUGCCACAAUUGGACCAUCCCAUUCAAUUCCCAUUUGAAAUUAGCAUACUUGAAGGCAAUUUUCGAUUCAAAUUGACUGAAAAAGAGAAUCUAGUCGCCAAAAACGUCAACCCAGUAAGAUACAACGAAACUGAAAAAUGGGCAUUUAAACAAGGUGUUACCAAAAGUAGCGAUUUUGAUGUAUCUUUGAGAGAUAACGAAGCCAGGGUUAUAUAUGGAGACCAUGAAGUUUUGAUUCAGUAUCAUCCAAUCAUGUUUGUGUUCAAGUACGCUGGUAAAGAGCAAUUGAGAAUUAACGACAAACAAUUCCUAAAUAUUGAGCACAGAAGAACCAGAGAUGAAAAUGACAAUAAUAUGUUACCACAGGAAUCUGACUUUAACAUGUUUUCUGACUCAUUUCAGGACUCAAAGUUUGACACCUUGCCAUUGGGUCCCGAAUCCAUUGGUCUUGAUUUUACGUUGUUGGGGUUUUCAAAUUUGUACGGAAUCCCAGAACAUGCUGACUCGUUAUUACUAAGAGAUACUUCUUCUGGUGAACCUUAUAGAUUAUACAAUGUGGAUAUUUUCGAAUAUGAGCCCAAUUCGAGAUUGCCCAUGUAUGGUUCGAUUCCGUUGGUCGUUGCAGCAAAACCUGAUGUUUCAAUUGGUAUAUUUUGGUUAAACAGUGCCGACACAUAUGUUGACAUUCACAAAAGUAAAAGCUCCACCGUUCAUUGGAUGUCAGAAAAUGGGAUUUUGGAUUUCAUUGUGAUUAUUGAAAAAAGUCCGGCUAUGGUUAAUCUGCAGUAUGGAAAAGUAACUGGAAACACACAAUUGCCUCCAUUAUUUUCUUUGGGGUAUCAUCAAUGUAGAUGGAACUACAAUGACGAAAAAGAUGUGUUGGAUGUACAUGCAAAGUUUGACGAGUAUGAGAUUCCAUACGAUACUAUCUGGUUAGAUAUAGAAUAUACUGACGAAAAGAAGUAUUUCACUUGGCAUAAGGAGAACUUUGCUACUCCCGAGAAAAUGCUCCGGGAAUUGGAUCGAACAGGGAGAAAUUUGGUUGCAAUUAUCGAUCCACACAUUAAAACUGGGUACGAUGUCAGCGAUGAGAUCAUCAAAAAGGGAUUGACAAUGAAAGAUUCCAACAACAAUACCUACUAUGGACACUGUUGGCCCGGAGAGUCGGUUUGGAUAGACACUUUGAACCCAAAUUCUCAAAGUUUCUGGGACAAAAAACAUAAACAGUUUAUGACUCCAGCACCCAACAUCCAUUUGUGGAAUGAUAUGAAUGAGCCUUCCGUAUUUAAUGGUCCAGAAACUAGUGCACCAAAAGAUAAUUUACAUUUUGGACAAUGGGAACACCGUUCUAUACAUAACGUAUUUGGUUUAUCAUACCAUGAAACUACGUUCAAUUCCCUUCUUAACCGAUCACCCGAAAAACGGCCAUUUAUUUUGACUAGAUCUUACUUCGCUGGGUCGCAAAGAACCGCAGCAAUGUGGACGGGUGAUAAUAUGUCGAAAUGGGAAUACUUGAAAAUAUCGAUUCCAAUGGUUUUAACUUCAAAUGUCGUUGGUAUGCCAUUUGCAGGUGCUGAUGUUGGUGGGUUUUUUGGAAACCCAUCUAGCGAGUUGUUGACACGUUGGUACCAAGCUGGUAUUUGGUACCCAUUUUUCAGAGCCCAUGCACACAUUGAUUCAAGAAGAAGAGAGCCAUGGUUGGCAGGCGAGCCAUACACACAGUAUAUUAGAGAUGCAAUUAGAUUAAGAUAUGCUUUAUUGCCAUUGUUCUACACUAGUUUCUAUGAAGCUUCAAAGACUGGAACACCAGUUAUAAAACCGGUAUUUUAUGAAAAUACACAUAAUGCAGAUAGUUAUGCCAUUGAUGAUGAAUUCUUUAUUGGAAACUCGGGGUUAUUAGUAAAGCCAGUAACUGAUGAAGGAGCAAAAGAAAUUGAAUUUUAUUUGCCAGAUGAUAAAGUUUAUUAUGAUUUUACAAACGGGGUUUUACAAGGAGUAUACAAGGGUGGUAAAAAACCUGUACAACUUAGUGAUAUACCGAUGCUUUUGAAAGGCGGUUCCAUUAUUCCCAUGAAAACUCGUUACAGAAGAUCUUCGAAAUUGAUGAAAUCCGAUCCUUACACUUUGGUAAUUGCGUUGGAUGAAGAAGGGUCUGCUUCUGGUAAACUUUACGUUGAUGAUGGUGAAACUUUCGCUCAGGGAACAGAAGUCGCCUUUACAGUUGACAACAAUAUCAUUAACGCCAAAAAGAUUGGACCAACAGCCUCUAUUCCAAUUGAAAAAAUAAUCAUUGCCUCAAAGGAUCAAACAACUACAUUGAACAAUCCUAAACUAGACAUCAACCUGGAUUGGAGUCUCCCCUUUAGUUUUGACAGCCACAGAAAAAUCGAGCAUGACGAACUAUAA